AUGAAAAAAAAGUGUACGCUGAGAAACUUGUUUCCAGAGGAGGGGAAGAAAAAGGGGACGGGCACAUAUGAUGAUGACUGUCUUGAUUUAGAAGAAGUAGAAAACUUAGAGGAAAUUAGUCCAGAUUUGUACAAAAGGUUAUCUGACUAUAACAAGGAGGAAGCGUCGGACGAAUCGACAGGUGAGAGUGGUGAACCAGAGGAGACGUUUGAUGGAGUUGACCCCAAGGACAUUUCUGUGUAUGAAGGACUACCACUUCUGAUGAUUGAUGGGAAGGACUUCCAAGGAUUUGCUGACAACAGGAAGGUGAAGAUUUCUCCCCAAAUUGCCACUCCGUUCGAUAAUUCGGAGUACGACGAGUUUGUGGAGUCGAACAGGCGGAAGAGCGACGUGCGCGGUGGCUCAGAUGGAAAUCUCCGCAAGGGGGAGAAAAAUAAAGCGGUAUCCAAGCCGUCCGCGAAUCUGCGUGACACGGUCCGCGAUGGGGAGAACAAAGGAGAAGACAUGCCCGAUUUCGAAAGAGACGUGCUCUCUAUCAUCGGCGAGGGGGAGAAGAGCCCCCCUAAAAGCAGCAACGUGGGAGAGAACAAUGGAAAAAAACUCACGAAGGAGGAAAAAAUAGAAAGGUACAAAAAAGUAGGAAGGCACCAUCAUAUAGAUUCCCAAUUAGGAGAAAUACUAUACGAUAGGGAGUACCCAGGGUAUAUGUACCUAAAUCAUGGAGAAGACAUAAAAGAGCUGGACGAAAAAAGCGAGUACGACUCAGAGUCGCCAGGAUAUAUAAACCCAACCAAUGUGUUUUUACGAACUGGAAGGAAAAGAGAAGAACAGAAGAAGAAAGACAGUGGCAUUAAACAAAAAAGGAGAUGGAAUUUGAAAGUAGAAAAUGAUAUUAAGAGAGGAAAUUGGAAGUACUACGAUGAUACAGUGAAAGAUUUGCUUGACUCAACUGAUCAGGAAAAAUUAGAAGAAAAUUAUUAUUCCAAUAAUUAUUACCAAAGGACUAAUAACAACACAGGUUUUGGAAGUCUAGAGAAAGUUCAGAACAAUUAUUUUGAUGUCCAAUUUAUCGGAUCCGCAGAAACGUAUCCAGCAAAUGUAUCAGUAGGUAUGAAUUUCAUUUGGCCAAUAAAUUUCAUCCCCAUGUUAUGUAAACAAUACCCAAAGAGGUUAGGACAGCCCAUAAAGUCAGAUAUUUUUAACCUCGGUGGAUUUGACUCACUUCAGUUAUGGUUCUAUCCCGAUGGAAUAAAUAAUUCGAUUGAUGGGUUCUGCUCUUUGAAAUUAAUGAUGAGGCCAGGUUCGUACCUUCCUGUUAAAAUUUUCCUCUUUGCAUUUAGCGAAUAUAAUUAUGUGCACACGCAACCCUUUUACAAAGAAUCAGCUGACUACGUUUCGGCUUCCCUAAAUUUGUGCAAAUGCUUGUUAAAGACCAAGGAAAAUUUAAGGAAAAUUGAAAACAAUAAGGAUUACGUUAUUUUAGGGCCUGCAGGGAAUAUCUACAUUGGGGUGGGUAUUUUUGACGAUACGUAUGAUUUGGAGGAAGACUUUAAAAAGUUUUACUCAGUUAGUAACAAAUAUAAAAAUAAGAAGACGGAGGGUGGGAAGGAGAACCAUGAGUUCAAGUACGACUGGGAUGAAGGCGUCCACAUUUUUGACAACUGGCUGAAGAAGCAGACGGCUGUGACGGAGGACAAGGACGAACUGCUUCCAGUGUACUACACACAUUCGGAGCUGUACGAGAAUUAUAAAUAUCGCUACGUCCCGGAGAAGAGCCCCUUCAAGUUUUUGAACAGGAAGCCGGACAGGACCAAGUGGAACAGGCACCCCUUUUGA